AUGGCAAAGAAGCAAGAGUCAGUAACUCCUGGACAACGUCUUGGUUAUGCCGCAGAUUAUCAACAAGGUGCCGGUACAUAUGAAAGAGAUGGCUUACUAUACGCCAGUGUUGUUGGGCAAAGAUACAUUGAUCCUGCCAAGGAUGAUCAGUUGCCUGUAAUGAGAGUGUCUAGAGAGAAGGAGCAGUCAGCAGUACCUGAAGUCGGCAGCGUUAUUACAGGCAAAGUAAUUCGUGUCUCACCACAUCAAGCAGUGAUUGCCAUCAUGGUGGUUGGCGAUAUUCCUUGCAAAGAAGACUUUAUGGGCGUGAUUCGUACUCAAGAUGUGCGUGCAGCAGAAAAGGACAAAGUGAAGAUCUACAACUCAUUUAGACCAGGCGACAUUAUCAAAGCAGAGGUGAUUUCAUUAGGUGAUGCAAGAUCAUAUAUUUUAUCAACGGCAAAGAAUGAACUGGGUGUCAUAUUUGCAACCAGUGUAGCUGGUGCUACCAUGGUGCCAAUCUCUUGGCAGGAAAUGCAAUGCCCAAAAACUAAAGCCAUUGAAUUGCGUAAAUGUGCCAAACCUACCGUGUAA